CAUGAAUCGAUUCCACAUGGAGAAUGCAUCAGUCCAAUUUUCUCAAACUUUUGCUUUUCUUGGUUUCUCUUGAAAAAAGCCCACUUCUAAAAACUCAACACUUCUUUCUUUCUUCAACUUCACAGUUUUUCAGUGAAAACUGAGAACUGAAGGAAGAAGAUUCAGCAUCUGAAAACAGAAAAUUGCAGAUUUUGCAGAAUAAUCUGAUUGAUAGAUCGAUUACUAUAAAUAGAAAGCAAUGAUAAGAAAUCCAUUUCAAUGGCUGAAUACAGUUGUUACAGAACCACAUUAUUUCUUCCAUUUCCUGGUUUUCUUCUCUUACCUUCCAAUUCGUAUUUCUGCUUCUUCCAUUUUUCCUCAUGAUGUUUCUCUCCUUCUUCUUCGCCGGGAGAUUCAAGCAAUUCUCGCAUUUACAAUCUUUUCUGCUGUCAGGAUGGUAAGGGAAGAAACAUGGGAGGGAGUUAUUGGUGAUACAUUGCUUUUUGGGAAGGCAUUUCUUUUUCUGCUUGCUCUAUAUGUGGAUUACCAUUUGGCUUUAUGGUACAUGGUGGCAUUUUUAGUGCUAUAUAUACUCUCUCAGCAACCUGUAUUUCCAGAACUGGGCGCGGCAAAGACUAUGACGCCAUUGCAGUUGGAAAGUACAUUGAUCGAAGGGGUUUCGUCAAGAUAUUGGCUGGUUGAAUUUCGUACUUUAAGUUCGUCAACGUGUGUACGGAACAGUCGCAAUUUUCCUGAACUCUCUGUUACAUAUGUAAAUGAUAAUUUGUCCUUUGGUAUAGUUGAUCUUGGGCUUUUCCCUAACGUUGCUGACAAAGUUGGAAUUACCCUAAAAGGAAACGUGGGACUUCCAGCAUACAUAUUAUUUGAGAACGCUACCGAGAUAACUCGCUACCCAAAAGUGGAUUUCGAUGCAAAAGUUUUUCAUCCUUCUGUAACCAAGAUUUCUCUCUUCGUAAGGGCAUAAGGCAUGCAGACAAAAGAUACAUGACUAGGAUGAGGAAAUUUUCUACUGAUCAACCUAGUGUAUGGGAUUCAAUGCAAUGCUACGGUCGAAAUGACUGUUGGGUAUAUAUUAUGUAGAGGAUCCGUCCCAAUUUGUUCUUCCAAUUUGGCUUCAUCACGCAUACUAAGAAAAGUAGUAGGAAUUGGUUGCAUGUUGGAUGUGACCAAAAUUACUGAAGUUGGAUGAAGCUUAUGAUUAUAGUGAGUGUAAGAGUGAUUAAGAAAAAAGGUUACUGUGAUGGAGAGAGGAAAGGUAGUAAGCGAAAGUGGUUCCAAAAUAUUUGAUUGGGAUGGACCAAGCCUGGAUAAAAGAGGGUUCUGGUAGGCCAGUGUAAAACUUUGUCACAACACAUGACAUGAACCGCAAUGAUUGAGAGUAGUACUAGGAUGGGUGACCUCCUGGGAAGUACUCGUGGGUUCAUGUAGCCAACCCCACUUAUGCGAUUAAGGCGUUCAAGCAAGCAAGCAUGGACCAAAAUGGAAGUAGACAAUAAAACUGGGACAUACAUACCUGCUAGUACAUGAAUAAGAUGCUCUGUUUAUUCCGUGGUCUGCUGAAUAAUAUGCCAGUUUUUAAAUCUAAUGUCAUUGCCUAGAGGUAGUGGAUAUUCACUUAUUCUGUUGUUAGGAGACGUGAAAGAUUUACUGGGUACAGUACCUUUGUUUCACCAGUAAGGGCAUGCUUGGAUCGAGGGAAAUGUAUUAAUAGGGUAAUAAAAGUCAAACUAAGCAAAAUGAAAGUAAAUAGGGAAGGAGGAGAUAGUGAUGGUGUGCUUGUAAGGAAAAUUAUGUAGUGAUGGUGAGGUAUGAGGUGAAGAAAGAGGCUCAUUUUGGGGAUAAUAGUUACACUAGGGGGAGGGUGUGUAACUAUUACCCUCAUUUUGAGGGUAAUAAUUCCUCACCUCUCUCUUUUCCUCAUGGAACAACUAUUUUAUUUCAUUUGUAAAUACCAUACCUUCUACAACACCACCUCUAAUUACUUAUGUUUUUUCAAGUUUGACUUUUAUUACCCCUUUAAUAGUUAAUAUAUUACCCCCAAUCCAAGCAUGCCCUAAAUCUUUUGGUCUUUUUUCAAUUUGAUCUGAAGAUUGCUCAGUCACUUUUACAUUUGUUUGUCACUAUUGAAUUU